AUGACCAUUGCCGCCUCCACAGUAAUUUCGGUCAAGAUUCGGGCGGCCAUCACUCGGGCUGCCUUCGGUAUUCCUGUCUUCCUGUCAUCCUGGCCACCACUGCCUGGUGGGCGGGACGAAGGGACCGAAAAGUUUUCAGUUUUCCGCCGCCGCCGCCGGGGGCACGCGAUUUUCACCGACGACGACUACGACGCUGCCGUCACGCCGCGAGACUGCCACCGUGGAUUCAGUACACCGCCGCGUCGCAUCGCGAACACGACGACGACCACCGGUCACAAAGGUCUGCCGGCACAACGGUUUGCACGUGUUUUACUCCUCCCAACUCGCGUCAAAAGUCGCACACGACAAUAA